AAGGAAGUAAGGAAGUAAGGAAGUAGGUUCACCGGAGACAGCGCGACUGACAAUAUCCGCUGUUCAUAACGCCUGUUUUAACAUUAACCAGCUGUUAAUAACGCGUCCAGAAUGGCUAAAAACACAGUCUCCAACCAGUUCAGGAAAGUAGACGUAGAUGAAUACGACGAGAACAAGUUUGUGGACGAGGAAGACGGAGGAGAGAACCAGUGUGGACCCGACGAGUCAGAAGUGGACGGUCUGCUCAGACAGGGGAACAUGAACGCAGCUCUCCAAGCCGUGCUGAAGAACCCUCCAAUCAACUCCAAGAACCAGAACGUCAAGGACCGAGCAGAGCUGCUGGUGGUCAGAGUGCUGAGCAGUUUUAAGAGCAGUGACAUUGAGAAGGCGGUGGGCUCCCUGGAUAAAGCUGGAGUGGACCUGCUCAUGAAGUACAUCUACAGAGGCUUCGAGAAACCCACCGACAACAGCAGCGCCGUGCUGCUGCUGUGGCACGAAAAGGCUCUGGCAGUAGGAGGAGUGGGCUCUAUAGUGAGAGUCCUGACUGCCAGGAAGACCGUCUGAUCCUCUGAGACCUCACAGAAAACCAACUGAAAACAGCCGUCAGCGGUCCGAGGCCCGAUCACAGGGACACGCAUUUCUUCUUCUCUGGUUUCGGACAUGAUUCCUGUUUAUUUUUCUACUGGAGCUGAGUGUCUUCCUGCUGUUAUUUCCUCCUCUUUUUCUUUUUUUUCCUUCUUCUUUUCACAUGUGUGGGAUUUGGGAGUGCUGGCUGUCAGGCAGGCAGUGGAGGUGCUGGCACCUCAAACCCCCCUGUCUGUGUUUUCCAACCAGCACAGAGAGAAAGCUACGCGUUUCAGAUGACACAUUCUCUCCAAGAAGAGCCCCGCGCUCCUUUCAAACUGCUUCACGACCCACUCACUCCAGCACCACCCCCCCUCACCCACACCUUCAUCCUCCUCCUCCUCCUCCUCCACCACUCUGCCUCUCCUCCUCUCCUUCCUCCUUCCUCCUCCUCCUCCUCUCUGAAGCUUCUGACUCAUCCAAGUGGAGGAAAUGGAAAAGAUUGCUCUUGGAUGGACUGUCAUAGACUGGUGACCUGCCCAGGGUGUUCCCCUGCUUUUUUUACCCAGUGCAUGCUGGGAUAGGAUAUAUAUUUUUUGCCCGAGUCAUUCUAACUUUCUGAACAUCUUUUGUUCAUUGACUGUUUUUUUUUUCUACUUUCACCAGUACCGCGUUUUUUUUUCUUUUUAUAUCUGCAAUAAAAGAGUAAAAGCUAAA